GAGAACAGUGUUACCAUGACCUCACCUGCACCGGUAACUAGUGGCAAGUGGUACUGUAACAUCACAUCACAGGGUGACGGUGUUCGGCCGAGCUGGUCGAUCGACACGGCGGCCAGCAUGAAGGCGUCCUACUUCCUGGUCGUGCUUCUGCUCGCCGCCGCCACGGGGAGCAGGCUCUCGCUCGCCGCCCGCGAGGGCACCACCCUGGGCGGCGAGCUCGGCGCGCUCAUAGCCAAGGCCGGCAGCUUCCUCACGUCGGCGGGCCGCGCGGGAGCGGACGGCUGGCACUCCGCCGCGGCCGCGGAGGUGGACGCCUCGGCGAGGAAGGGGCACGGCCAUCCGGCGGGGGCGAAGAAGCGGCUGAAGAAGUCUUCCGUGAACUGCAUCCCCGCCGACAUGUGCCGGAGGAAGAAGGUGCUGUGCGGCAAGCGGUGCUACAAGACGUCGCACGCCGGCGCCGGCCUCGACCACGUCCCCUCCAGCCGGUGCGUCGUCAGGUGCAAGAAGUGCGUGCCCACCUGCUAGAUCGUUCGUUGGUUGCUCCUUCCCUUCCAUCUUCUGAGUUCCGUGUCGUGUCGUGUCGUGGUGCUCGAUCCGUGCAUGUUAGUUACAUUUGCUUUUCCCUCCAUAGGGUUUCAUUCAUGCAUCAGUUGAAUAAGCUGGCAGGCUUCCCGCCAUCAUGCAUGCAGCAUAGGUAGUGGACAUACGGGUUCUACUCUAAAAGAAGUGUACCACGGUUGUGUGCUAAGUUUGAACGUGAUCUCAUCUCGUCUCA